AACUUUUUUUCAUGCACAAUUCUUGACCUUUCUGUUCUCCUUCUCAUCUAUAUAUACCUACCUGUAUUCAAUUCUUUCUCUCUGUCUCUCUCUCCCUCUCUCUCUCCCUCUCUCUCUCUCUCUAUCUCUCUCCAAAGAAGUACUUGAAGAAGAAAAAUGGAGGGAGAUAUGUUGCCAUUCCUGGCUAUGGUGAUAGUACAAGUGGGGUAUGCAGGGAUGAACAUACUGUCAAAACUGGCCAUGGAUUCAGGCAUGAACCCUUUUGUCCACGUGGCGUACAGGCAGAUCUUUGCCUCCAUUGUUAUAGCCCCCUUCGCAUACUUCUUGGAGAGAAAAACAAGGCCAAGGAUGACACUGCCCAUUUUCUUCCAGAUAUUCUUAUGUUCCAUUUUUGGGGCAACCUUAAACCAGGUUCUUUACUUUGUUGGGCUGUAUAAUUCUACCCCUACGAUCGCUUGUGCAUUGUCCAAUUUGCUCCCUGCGGCCACUUUCAUUCUCGCCAUCCCUUUCGGAUUGGAAAGUGUGGGAAUGAAGAGAAAGGCAGGACAAGCAAAGAUAUUGGGGACAGUGGUGUGUGUAGGUGGAGCAAUGCUGUUGUCAUUUUACCAUGGGCAUGCAGUGAUUGGGGAAUCAAGCAUUCAUUGGAAGUAUGCAGAUGACAUGGGGAAAGAAAACUCUACUAACCAUCAUCAGUCCAACAGCUUCAUCUUGGGCCCCUUUCUAGUCAUGGCUAGCACUGUCUCUUGGGCAGUUUGGUUCAUUAUCCAAGCGAAAAUGAGUGAGAAGUAUGCAGCACCAUAUACCACAUCAGCAUUAAUAUGUUUAAUGGCGAGCAUUGAGUGUGGAAUCAUUGCUUUAUGCGCCGACCGUAACAUUUCUGCCUGGUCCCUCUCUCCUCCCGGAAUCAGACUCUUUUCAUCUCUUUAUGCGGGAACUGUGUGUACUGCAGCAGCAUUUUGCCUAAUGUCAUGGUGUAUCCAAAGGAAAGGUCCUCUAUAUGUCUCCGUGUUCAGUCCCUUGCUGCUCAUUAUCGUGGCGAUUCUCAGUUGGGCGCUUCUCGAAGAGAAAUUAUACAUUGGAACUGCUGUAGGGUCUGGAUUGAUAGUCAUGGGGCUCUAUGCUGUUCUUUGGGGAAAGAACGGAGAAAUAAAUGUAAAGAGCAAUUCUGAGUUGUCGAAUCUAGAAGAAGAAGAGGAGAAGCAAGAGGCAGUGAAGAAUGACUUGGAAAUGCAUUUUUCCGGGCUUUCAAAUGGCGAUUUUCAUAGCAUCAGAACCUAAACAUAGAAAAUGGUGGCAAUGACAAUUAGUUUCCCUACUUGAUACGUUCAUCAUCAUCUUUGGAUGGGCUUUAUGGGCAAAACAAGCUAGCUAGCUAGUCAGCCUUUCUUCUUUAUUCAAUGGUGUAUUCAAUUACAAAAUGAUGGGGAAAAGUUUUUCUCUUGUUGUUUUUGGCAGCAUUGAGAGUCUUGCAGCUAGCGAAGAGAUAAGUAGUCUAUAUAACCCAAAAUAAAAAUAAAAAUGAAAAAAGAGUCCUAUUAUUAGGAGGAAAACCCACAUGAUUUUGGUAACAUCACAGCAACAAUAAGGUCAAGUUUGGCAACCU